AUGGCGGCUAAAACGACCAGAUACUCAAGAGCCAUCACGAUGAGUGCGUGCACAUAUUUGAGUGGCGGUGGACUUAAAAGAGUCUGGCGGUUUUUCAGGAGUCCGAUCGGGUCCUUGUUAGCGAAAAAGCGCAUCGGAAAUACAGCGGGCGAUCCAGCGGCAAUGCAGAGAGCCAGGAACGGGCGCCUUCCAACAACAAUGUUUCUUCUGCGCUGGGGCCAAGAACUGCCAACAUGGGAGGAGACAAGCCAACUGGCUCGUCCAGCCACCACCGGUGUAACGGUCCACGUGCGAAAUGUCUUUCGCAGCGUGGAGAUAGACGUUAUAUUCCUUGGUGCAGUUGGUGUGGAGAAUGUGAUCGAAGAUAAAGCCAAAUUCUGGAUGAAAGCCCAAAAGUACGAGGACGGGAAGAACGAUCCUGACGGAGACUAUUAUGCUAGCAUAUACUGCGCUGAGAUCGUCAACUCUUUCACCAAUCUAGCCUUCAUAUCUCUGGCAUAUAAAGGAAUUUCCAGCUGUAUCCGUAAUGGUCAUGACACGGUCUUUCUCGUCGGUUUUAUCAGCUAUCUGGUCAUCGGCCUUGCAAGCUUUUGCUUUCACACCACUCUGAAAUAUACAACGCAGCUCCUUGACGAACUCGCCAUGAUCUACACCACGUGCAUCAUGUUCUAUUCCAUCUUCUCUUACAGACGAGCUACGUCUACCAAAGUGGUAAUCGCCCUGUCAGUCUUCCUCCUAGCUAUGUUUAUCACCUUGUACUACCACUACCUCAAAAACCCGCUCUUUCACCAGAACAUGUUCGCCUUGCUCACCGCCAUCGUCUUCUUCAAGAGCAUAUACGCCAUGGAAGUCACACUUCGACCGGUAAGGCGAUCUCAGGCGAACCAAUCCCAUAAGGCCACUUCUGGAGAGCAGGCGAGGGAGGAUCAACGCGACCUAGCCAUUCUCCGGAGGAUGUGGCAGAUGCUCACCGUCAGCUUGAGCUCCGUGGGUCUCGGCUUCUUGAUCUGGAACCUGGACAACGCUUACUGUCCCAUCCUCCGGCGAUGGCGUCGAGACGUCGGUUUGCCGUGGGGGAUUCUGCUGGAGGGUCACGGGUGGUGGCAUAUCCUUACCAGCGUCGCCCAAUAUAUUAACUUGACCUGGAGUAUCUGGCUGCGGUACUGUCUUAACGGUGAACAGGACGAUGUGGAGUUGGUGUGGCCAUCGUUCUUCACGUCUGUGCCGGUCGUGGAACCUACGGAGAAGGCCAAAUCUGAAUCAAAAUUGAAUAGGAAAAAGAAGAUUUAA